AUGUCCGGAAAUCACCCUGGCACCAACCGCAACAGCACCCCGGAGGCGAACGCGGGCUCCUCGCUCCGUCCUCCCUCUUCCCGAGCCGUGGGUGCUGGCCAUUCUCUCCGUGCGUCUGCCGACGUGGCUGCGUUGACGGGCUCUUCUGCAGCCAGUCGCAUCCGUCCUUCGUCCGACUUCUAUGGCCAGAGCCAGCAGGGUCAGGGAACGGGAGGGUCUGAAAAUGACCCCCAGGACAAACUUGCCCAGCAAUGGAUCGCGGACAUUGACCAGUACGAGACAACGCUGGAGGACAUGGCCGCCGCGACGCUGGACCAGGACUUCAAGGAUGAGCUGAGUGCUAUUGAGCAAUGGUUCCGCGUCCUUAGCGAGGCCGAGCGAACGGCUGCUCUCUACGCACUCUUGCAGCAGACGACCCAAGUGCAGAUUCGCUUCUUCAUCCAGGUCCUCCAGCAAAUGGGCAAAAACCACCCCAUGUCGGGCGUGCUGUCCCCGGCAAACUUUGACAAGGAUCCCAUGUCGAACCGGCUGAGUGAUGCCAUGAGCAAGCUGAAUGUGGAGUCCAGUCGGACUUCCUAUGCCAGGAACUCGACCGUUGGCUCGACGAAGCGUAACUCUGUGCUCGACCCCUCGACGGUCAACGCCAUGUUCCCGGACGCCGCUGCCGCCAUUGCUACCGAGAAGGCCAAGUUCACCCAGCAGACCGGCAACCCGCCGCCUUCCAACAGGAACAGCCUCGCCGUCGACCCUGCUCGAAGCUCGAUGCCGCCUCCGGGGUUCUCUGGCGAAUCGAACACUGGUAAUCAGUCGUCUCAGACGCCGAUGGGCCAGUUCGUCCAGCCCCCUCCGUCCGCGGGCUUACGCUCUCCUCGACCCCCUCUGUCGAACAACGCACCGAUCCAGAACACGACGCUGUCUGCGCCCGACAAGAACCAGGGUGAACUUCCGAUGCUGUCGCCGUACAAUCCAAACGGAGGCAACUGGGCCUCCAUGGUCAACACUCCGAUGACAGCCAACUUCAAUAAUCAGGGUGGCAACAACAACAAUAACGGAGGAAACCAAGCCGAUAUGAUUGCGAAUGCGACGGCCAUGAAGCUUGCGGCGCUGUCCACCGUCAACAACCGCUUCGCUCUGGACGACGUCCGCAAGUACCGCAGGACAAGGUCGAACGAUGGAUCCGGAAAGGGUCAGGUGCCGGCUUCGCCUGGACCCCAAAACAUGAACUUCCCAGGCACUAAUGUUGUCAUGAUCAACGAACACGGUCAGGUCUUGAGCCAGGAGCAGAUCAUGGCUCUGCAGGCCCACCAGAACAUGAACUUCCAAGGUCAGCGGUCGAGGCCCAACUCCCCUGGUGCUGCCAUGCAACCCGGCAUGGGCCCUAUGCACUCGUUUGCGUCCCCGCAAAACAAUGGCUUCUUGAGUGCUUACGAUGGGUCGUCUGGGCUGAUGAACAAUGGCAUCCCGACUGUCAAUCUGGGCCAGCUUGGUGUCACUGGUCACGAGGGCUAUCUGUCGGACCACUCCGACAUGGUGCGAGGACGCUCUCCCCGCGGACGUCGCGGCAGCUCGAAGCCCCCAGAGGACCCGACCGAUCCUACCUUGUUGCAGGACAUCCCAAGCUGGUUGCGCAGCCUGCGUCUCCACAAGUACACGGACAAUCUCAAGGACAUGAAGUGGGUUGACCUGGUCGAGCUGGAUGACAAGGCUCUGGAACAGCGUGGCGUCAAUGCGCUAGGUGCUCGGCGCAAGAUGCUCAAGGUGUUUGAGCAGGUGAAGGAAGCGAAAGCCGAGGGCAAGCCUGCCCAGUAA